AAAAAAAAAAAAAGAAACCUUCUCGCUGUUCAGAGAGAGAAAGUAAGCAGUGAGCAGUAAGGGGACCUUUACGUACAUACCUACAUAUAUGUAUAUGUAGAGAGAGAAAGUAGUAGCAAUUUUUCCGUAAGAGCUCAAUCUGAAGCAAAUUGCAGUGUUUUGAUGUCCAUUUGCGCGAAUUACCUCGCAUUUCAAAAGAUAUUCCUCGGUUGGAGAGCGUAUUUACUUGGCUUAGUUGGCUGAAGGACUAAGUUGCUCAACAGACUCGGCGCAGUUUUUUAUUACAACUGAAUUUCGAAGGGACUUUAAUGGUUGAGGGCAUCUAGGCGAAUACCCUUUCCAGUCGAAAAAUUCUCGGAUCUUGUCCAAUUUGCAUUACCUUCUUUAGGACCAACUAUAGAAGCCGAACCAUAUUUAAUGUACAGAUGUUGCAGCGCCAAAUCAUGUUCAAGCAACUGCAGGAACUGCAGCGAAGGCAACAGCUCCAGGAAUUGGGCAAUGCCAGAAACCAGGAUUACGUUGACCACCAACUGUCAUCACUAAAACAAGAUCCACAAAUGUUCUCUAUUGGUAAUGUGCAAAUGGCGCAACAUGGUGGAUCCCCCGUUUUUCAAGGGUUCCAUAACGGAUUAGGUCCUAUGGGCCUUUCUCAGCCUCAGUUUGACGUAUCUUCAUAUGGUAACUCAAAUCAAUAUUCUCAUAACCUCCAAGAGGCACCACCGUUUGCCAGCUCAUUUACGAGUCAACAAGGCAAUUUCGGACAAGUCCCCGUUCAAAGUUUAAAUACUGGUUGGCUCGGAAUUUCUCAUGGGGAAGCAUCAGAGAUCGCAUCUGAUUCGUUGGAUCCACUUGAACAGAAAAUAUUGUAUAACACAGAGGAUAAUAAUAGCUGGGAAUUUUCUUUCGGUGGGAAUAGCAAAAUGGAGAACACGUCUUAUAUGGAUGCAUUGCCGUCGACUCAAAAGGGUAGCUGGAGUGCUCUGAUGCAAUCUGCUGUGACGGAAGCUUCUAGUAGCGAUACUGCGAUGCAAGAAGAGUGGAGUGGGUUGAGCUUUCAGAACCCUGAGUUGUCAACUGAAAAUCAGCCAUCAAGUUUCGUUAAUAGUGAAAACCCGCACAAUAAUUGGGUUGAUAGGAACUUGCAAAAUGUGUCCUCUCCAAGUUCGGAGCCGUCGAAUAUGAACUAUAGUCCUCAGGGUUUUAAGCAACCAGAGUACCAAUAUCUCAAACAGAGAGAUGAAUUUCAGCCUAAUGUUUUCUCUUGCUCAACUGAGAAAAACCCCUGCAUUGACUUUUCAGGUCAUGAAUUAAAAGACACUUUAUGGCUUCCCGGGAAUACAUCAAAUUCCGUAUCUGAUGGCAUUCAAAGAGAUUGUUCCCCCGGGAUGCAAUUGACUUCAAAAGUAUCAUCUCUCAACCAAUUGCCGCUAACCGAAACUUCUGUUGCAUCCAUUGCUAAUCCAUGCAACACCAGCCAUCUCGAGUCGCAAGGUUUUGGCUUUAGACCGGGCCCGACAGAUGUCGGGACGACACAGUCACACUCAUUAUUCCCAUCUUUUUCAAUGGGAAACUCAAAUGCCACCUCUGUUUCAAGUCAUUAUGGGAAUGAUUAUAUCAAGAAUCAGCUUCCAGCUCCAUCGGUACAAAGUCACAUGACUACUAAACUCCCAGCAUAUAACGCUGCUUCCUCCCAAGUUAAUCGUCAACUGAAAACUGCCAGCUUUAGCGGUCCUGAGUUUCCAUGGUCAGAUAUUAACUCACAGCAAGAUAUGUCUUCCUCAAAACCGAACAGGUUCUCAGACAGUUUGUUUCAGUCCCCUGAUUCAGCUUCCAGCAGUCUAGAGACUACUUCGGGAGCUCCAAGUGAGCAGCCCAAUCAGAGCCGUUUCAAACAUGAACUCAACGUGCAAGAAUUCCGCACAAACUCUGGGAAAUCAGGAUAUGGUGAACAGAGAUUUGAGAAAGAAAGUUCCUUCGAUGAGGGCUCGACUGAGAUGCAUAAUCCAACAUCUCUAAGCAUAAAUAUGCAGACACAGGAGUCUUUAAGAGCCUUUGGCCACUCUUUGCAUCAAAAUGACCCCCUUCUGCACAAAUUGCAUUCUCCUAGAAAUGCUGAAAUCGACUAUGGUAAGAAUUUGCCACUUAAAUAUGAUUCGGUCAAUUAUCAGACAAUCGCCAAUGCAAGGGAGCUGUUGUUGAGUGGACAGAAGCAAGUACUCCAAGACAGUGAAGAUAAAAAGGGAUGGAACUUUUCGCAAGACAAAGAAGAUCAUUCAGGCAAAAAUAAUGCCCAGAAUAAUUUGAUUGGCCGCAAUGAAGUUUCUAAUACAGCAUAUCAGUCACCGACCACUUUGCAAAUGUCACCACCCUGGUUACAGCAUUAUGGAACCUUAAAGAAUGGGUUAACUAUUGCAAAUGUGCAUGAAAAUAGUCCGAUUAUGCAAGUAAACUCAGCUAAUGCUAGUCAAGGCAGUGGCGUAUGGCCAUCUUCAGCUGUCGCCUUGAUAGCGAGUCAACAUUUAUCGUCCCCUAGCAUGUUGCCUUCAAAUGUCUCUAAUUAUCAAAAUUUGGCUCUUUCAAAACCAAUGAAGCGCAAAAUUAUUGCAUUUGAAAUGGUGCCCUGGCACAAGGAAGUGAAUCAUCAAGAACCGAGGCUUCAUAAUAUCAGAAUGGCCGAGUUAGAAUGGGCACAAGCUUCAAAAAGAAGGGAAGAGGAGGCUGAAAUUGUUGAAGAUGUUGUCCCAUUGGCUCGAGCAAAAAGGCGGCUCAUUUUUACAACACAGCUUAUGCAGCAGGUCUUUAGACCUGCCCCAGCAGUUAUUCUCUUUGCCGAUGCCAAAUCAAACUGCGAUGACGUGGCAUAUUCUGCUGCUAGAUUAGCAUUAGGGGAUGCAUGCAACUUGAUUAGUAAUCUGCCACCUGAUAACACUGACAUAUCACCAGACAAGCUGAGGACUUCGAAGAAACCCCGUGUCUGUGAUUUAUCGAAAGUCGUGGAAGGCUUAAUUAAUCGAGUGCAGAAGCUUGAAGGUGAUCUAUCGAGACUGGACCAAAAAAUAUCGAUUGUAGACAUCAAAGUCGAAAUCCAGGAACUGGAGAAGUUCUCCACAAUCAACCGUUUUGCAAAAUUCCAUGUCAAGGCCCACUCGAGCACAGUUGAUUCCACAUCAUCUUCUGGCCAAUCAACUGUACAAAAACCGAACCCCCAAAGAUAUGUAAGGGCACUUCCAUUACCCAAGACUUUACCCGAAGGGACAGAUUGUCUUUCCUUGUGAUCAUCGAUGAAAGUAGUAAUACUUAGGCCUUAACUCCCUCAUAACUACUCUGCAUUGUGUUCCGUCUCUGCCAAUAUCUACUAACAUUUUCCUGGCCCAUGAAAUCGGACAAGGGGAAACAUGCAAGUGAAAUCAGGUUAUUGUUCUUGACUUAAAUCGAUUGAGACCCUUCUUCAAUUUUGAUGUAGUAUACAUAUAUAAUAUAUAUAUUGGUCUCUGUACAUGUGCAUGAGAGAUUUUAGGAGCAGGCCGCUGACCUUUUAAGGAUUAAUUAAAUGGAUUUGUAAUUGUACCGUUUCGUUCGUUUUAGUGCAUACUGUUGAAUCUUCUGUUGUGUAA